AUGAGUAAUACUGCAAAUACAGUUCCAAAUUCACCAUCUAUAGAAUCGUCUCCCAAAUCGUUACCUGAUUCGGAAACGCUUCCAACAAUUAGACCUCCGUUCCCCCCAGCUAUCAAUAUUGAAGAUUUAAUUUCACUUAGAGAAUCCUCAGAUGGCACCCAAAUGUUUCCAUCCCGAGCUCCAAAUGCAUUCAUAAUUUACAGAAAACAAUUCGUUAAAGCAGCGCGAGAUAAAGGUUAUUUCCUACCUAUGACAGUAAUUUCAUCGAUGUGUUCUCGAGCUUGGGAGAAUGAAGAUGAAAAUGUUAAAUUGACUUAUAAAAAAAUUGCGAGAGAGACUUACGUUAAAAGAAAAGAAAUGUAUCCAAAGAUAUCUAAAAGAAAAAGAAAAAAGGAUCUUUGGAAUAUUGUUCAAUUUAAACCAAAAUCAAUACCUGAUGCUACAAAUAAUUCAGAUGACGUAAAAUUUUAUAACUUAUUAAAUACUGAACCGAAUCUCUUUUACUCAAAUCCUGGCUACAUCAACAGCAACAAUGAUAUAAAUCAGUCUUUUUACAAUUCUAUUAAUUAUAAACAUGAACCUUUAGAAUUCAUGCAAUUUAAUAACGAUUAUUAUAAUGACUUUCCAUACGCAUUGGAAUCUCAGAAUGCUCAUGAUAUGUCGUCUUUCGAACCAGCAACCUUUGAAAAUUUAAACUUUGAUCCAAAUAACUAUUACAUUUUCUUACCAGAGGACACUUCGAAUAUUUUAGCACCGCAGUAA